AUGGGCGACCCCCCGUGUAAGAGUGAGGUGGAGGAGGACAUUCCAGGAGAUGUCACCACAGAAAAUCCCAGCAAGAAUUCUGAGGAAACAUUUUUAUCACUAAAGGAUGAAGAUAUCCUGCAGCGGUCUUCAAGAGAAAACAUCAUUACCCUUAAUGUACAUCCAGGACUUUACAAUAUAGAUAUAUCCAAUAAUCCUCCUAAUCUUGAGGGACAUUCUCCUGACCAAUCACAGAUUGUUACCACAAGUACAAGUCAGAAAGGGGGUGAAAGGUUUCACUUUGGUAUAGAGUCCACAAAAAACGCAGGUCUUUUUACAUACAGAGGGAUUCACACAUUAGAGAAGCCACAUUCAUGUUCAGAAUGUGGGAAAUGUUUUAAAUAUAAAUCACAUCUUGUUAUACAUGAAAGAUGUCACACAGGAGAGAUGCCAUAUUCAUGUUCAGAAUGUGAGAAAUAUUUUACAUAUAAAUCAAAGCUUGUUACACAUUUAAGAAGUCACACAGGAGAGAAGCCAUAUUCAUGUUCAGAAUGUGGGAAAUGUUUUGCACAAAAAUCAUAUCUUCUUACACAUGAGAGAUGUCACACAGGAGUGAAACCAUGUUCAUGUUCAGAAUGUGGGAAAUGUUUUACAGACAAAUCAAAUCUUGUUAAACAUCAGAGAAGUCACACAGGAGUGAAACCAUAUUCAUGUUCAGAAUGUGGGAAAUGUUUUACAGACAAAUCAACUCUUGUUAAACAUCAGAGAAGUCACACAGGAGUGAAACCAUAUUCAUGUUCAGAAUGUGGGAAAUGUUUUGCAAAAAAGUCACAACUUUCUACACAUAAGAUAAAUCACACAGGAGAGAAACCAUAUUCAUGUUCAGAAUGUAGGAAAUGUUUUACACAAAAAUCACAUCUUCUUAGACAUGAGAGAUGUCACACAGGAAAGAAGCCACAUUCAUGUUCAGAAUGUGGGAAAUAUUUUACAGAAAAAUCAUCACUCUUUAGACAUUUAAGAAGUCACACAGGAGAGAAACCAUAUUCAUGUUCAGAAUGUGGGAAAUGUUUUACACAAAAAUCACAUCUUCUUAGACAUGAGAGAUGUCACACAGGAAAGAAGCCAUAUUCAUGUUCAGAAUGUGGGAAAUAUUUUACACAAAAAUCAUCGCUCUUUAGACAUUUAAGAAGUCACACAGGAGAGAAACCAUAUUCAUGUUCAGAAUGUGGGAAAUGUUUUACAUGGAAAUCAUAUCUUGUUAACCAUAAGAGAAUUCACACAGGAGAGAAGCCAUAUUCAUGUUCAGAAUGUGGGAAAUGUUUUACAUGGAAAUCAGAUCUUGUUACACAUAAGAGAAAUCACAGGGAGAAACCAUAUACAUGUUUAGAAUGUGGGAAAUAUUUCACACAGAAAUCACAGCUUGUUACACAUUCAAGAAGUCACACAGGAGAGAAGGUAUAUUCAUGUUCAGAAUGUGGGAAUUGUUUUACACAAAAAUCAGAUCUUGUUAGACAUGAAAGAUGCCACACAGGGGAGAAACCAUAUUCAUGUUCAGAAUGUGGGAAAUGUUUUACACAAAAAUCAGGUCUUGUUAAACAUGAGAGAUGCCACACAGGGGAGAAACCAUAUUCAUGUUCAGAAUGUGGGAAAUGUUUUACCCAAAAAUCACAUCUUCUUACACAUAACAGAUGUCACACUGGAAAGUAGACAUAUUCAUGUUCAGAAUGUGGGAAAUAUUUUACACACAAAUAACAGCUUGUAACACAUUUAACCGCCUCCGGACUGCCUAACGCAGAUCUGCGGUCCGGAGGCGGCAGCUGCAGGCAGACUGACGCAUAUACGCGUCAUCACGCGAGAUGACG